AUGGAAGCAUCGCGAGGCAUCCUGACGGCUACUAGAAGACUCUGCCGAUCAACGACCGCUUCAUUCCUCGCUCCUAUCACAUCAUUACCUACUACAACGUGUCGUUCGUUCUCCUCCGUGCCAGUCCUUUUCGCUCCUCGACAAUCCUCGGCCGCCAAAGCCGCGAAAGAGAAAGCCAAACGAAAAAAAAAGAAGUACCAAUUCUACAAACAAUAUGACUUGAAAGAGAUGCAACAAUUUACCUUGUGCGAAGCGAUGCGAUAUAUCAAGGCCUUUGAAGUCGGGCGAAAUCCCGAAGUACCCAAAUACGACAUUCACAUCAAGCUGCGAACGAAGAAAGACGGCCCGGUCGUUAGAAAUCAAGUCCGAUUACCGCACGCUGUCAAAACUGACAUCAAGGUCGCGGUGAUUUGUCCUCCAGAUUCGCCAGCGGCCAAAGCCGCACUUGAAGCUGGUGCUACCCUUGUGGGCGAGGAAGAGGUCUUUGAGACCAUCAAAUCUGGCAAGAUCGAAUUUGACAGAUGUCUGGCUGUUCCGGCCUCUCUCCAGAAAAUGAACAAAGAAGGAAUCCCGCGGAUAUUAGGCCCCAGAGGUUUAAUGCCCAGUCUGAAGUUGGGUACGGUGGUGGAGAGACCGGGUCCUGCUGUUAGGAAUAUGUUGGGUGGGAACGUCUAUCGAGAACGGCAGGGUGUUGUUCGCAUGGCGGUAGGGCGGCUCAGCUUCACGCCAGAGCAGUUGAGGGACAAUGUGAAAGCCUAUAUUAAUGCGGUCAAGAAAGAUGCUUCCCAUUUAAGCGAUCAGGCUAUGAAGGAGAUUUCCGAAGUGGUCUUGAGCUCGACCAAUUCUCCUGGAUUCUCAUUGAAUGGCGAGUUUUACAAACCAGAGCAAGGAGCUCCCACCCCCAGGGAGUUGUCUGUCGCAUGA